AUGUGGGCCGACUACGACACGGCUUGCCAGAUGAUGGUCAAGGAAGGCCACAAAUUUUGGGAUCGCCCUGGCCACACAAAAACGAGCCAAGCGGCCAAAGCCGGCGUCUGGGGGAUCACGAUCAUUUCCGGGGACCUGUGGCAAGAUCAGCGGCGAUUCCUUGUCCACACGCUCAAGGAGUUCGGCAUGGGCAAGGGGCUGAUGGAGCACCAUGUCUUAUCCGAAGUCGAAGACAUGUUCAAGCGGGUCGAUGCGCAGCCGGAAAAUGUGGAUUUGCGGUUGCAAUCCGACAUUGCGAUCGCAUCGCUCAGCAAUCAGCUGCUAUUUGGCUAUCGGCUAGAAAAGGGCAACCUCGACCGCUUCCUCGGCUUCAACGAGCUUGUCUACCACCACAUGGAACGAAUGGGGCAUCCGAUGACGGUGCUGAUCAACCACAUGCACUGGUUGAGACAUUUGCCGUAUUGGAAAAACGCACAAGAGCAUGUAAACGAGCUCGUUAACGCCCUCGCAGAGUUCGUCGACACGCAAAUAGAACAGCACGCCGCGAUGGCCAACAAUAACGAGCCGUCAAAGGAGCCCGAAGACCUAAUCGAAGCCUUUCUUGCCGAGCGAAAGAUUGCUGAGGGCACCGAGCGGGAAGAAUUCUAUUGUCACCGUCAGCUUCGCGCGCUACUACUCGAUAUGGUGAUUGCUGGCUACCACACAACGUCCUGCACGUAUGGCUGGACGUUGGCCUUCCUGGUGAAGUAUCCGGAAUACCAGAGGAGGGCACAGGAAGAGCUUGAUCGCGCAAUCGGCGAUGACCGUCUCGUCACCAUGGCGGACAAAGUUCAUCUACCGUUCUGCCAAGCUAUCCUGCAGGAAGUUCAUCGCUACGGGACCGCUGGGCUUCUGACGCUCCACCACGCGGCUUCCGAGGACGUCCACGUCCAAGGGUACACAGUUCCAAAAGGAUGUACCGUAUACUCACUGAAUGUAUGCGUGCACUAUGAUGAGAAGCUUUACCCCGAUCCUUGGGAGUUCCGACCGGAGCGCUUCAUUCGGGAAGAUGGGAGCUUUAUAAUCGAUGAAAAGAUCACGCCUUUUCAACUUGGCAAGCGUAACUGUGCAGCGCGACCGCUGGCCCAUAUGGAGUUAUUUUUGCACUUGGCCAACGUGAUGAAUCGAUAUACGAUUACCGGUAAAGUGUUGCCACCCUACGAACGACGUCUCGGCCACGCUUUUCGAGCCCCGAAGGUGCAUCCCAGCGAACUUGAACGGGUGGUACGGUCGAUAGAUGGCGUAUCGGACUGUGUGGUUGUCGGUGCGGCCCAUGAGACGAAGGGAGAGGCUCCUCACGCCCUCGUCGUAAAGGGAAAGCAAGGGAUCAACGAUUGCAAGAUCAUGGCCCUCGUAAAUGGCCAAGUCCCGCGGCAUAAACAGCUCGACGGUGUGACCUUCAUCCGGGUGAUCCCCAGGUCGUUGGACGGAGAGGUGUCGAGGAGCUUGUUGAAAGAAUUAUAUUUUGGUCCGGGAAACCAGUUGAGGGCAAAGAUU